ACCCCACAGGGCAUCCCUUUUGCCAGGGCACAAGUAGCACAGCAUCCACAGCCUGGCUCCUGCACCAGCUCUUCACAUCCAGUGGGUGCCCUGCAGCGCGCCAGCUUCUCCUCAGAACAUGGUGGGCACUGGAUGGCCUCAAGACUCACUGAAAAGCCCACCUGUGCCAGAAGCAGCAGGGUGACAGGCACAGUCCCCGAGGGCAUGGCUGGCAGUCAGGCAGGUGUUACUGGGCAGACAGGGGCCAAGAGACUGGAAAGAACUGUUGUGUCGCUGGCAGAGCAGAGAAACUGAUCUCCAGUGAGGGGGACUCUGCACUGAAGGGGGGAGAAGCUCAUUCUUUGGACUUUAUACCACUCUCUAGCCACACCUCCCUGCUUGAGGGAGAGGCAGAGGAGAACAGCAGCAACAACCAAGGCAGCUUGCCCCACAGCUGAGAAAAGACCUUAUUUGCCCUGAGGAAGGAAGCACAAAGAGCUUGCAGCUGCUGCAGAGACGGAAACCUGUGCUGGGACUGGAAAAUAGUAGCAGCCCUCCAGCCAUCCUUCUCUUAUUACUUUGGGCAAAAGAAGCUUAAUAUCAAUUUCAACUUCAUAUGAAAAGAGCCUGUGAUCAUCUCUUGCCUGCCUUUGCUGCUUGUUGGAAGGCACCAGCAACAUAUAUUUGUACAACGCAGAGGGGCAAUGGAGGGAGGCAAUGGCCAGGUCUACAUCAGCUGUGUGUGUCAAUGUAGAAAUGUUGUGUCAUGCAAACUGCAUUUUACUGCAGCAUAUUCAGGUGUGGAAGAGGAUGUGGAAGAGCCCACUGAGAAGAUGGUCCUGAGCACACCCUCGCUUUCGAAUACACCAGGCACAGUUACAGAGGAAGUAACCACAUCUGAAAAAACACUGGACCAGGCUGCCCCUGCAGCUGACAAGAAGGAAGUGUCUCCCUUUUCAACCAUCUUUGAGAGCAGCACUGAGGAUGAAGAUGAUGAAUUCCUACAUAUCCCGGAAGCCUCGAAACCUUCAGUUCACCAAACCACACUCAGGGGGGACCCUAUCACAAAACAGCAGGUGAUAACCGAAGAGGAGACCUCAUCCACUUUCUCUCCCAAGACAGCUACUGCCUCCAUUCUCUGGGAGGCCACAAAACGUUUGACACCUUCAGUUCAGCAACUCACAAUCAGAGGAGACUCUGUAGCAAAACAGACAAAUAAUCUUUCCCAUUGUGUCUGUCCAGCAAUACCAGGCCCUCCUGGUCCAAAGGGAGACAAGGGUGGCCAGGGCCCUCCAGGACAGAGAGGACUGCCUGGGGAAAGAGGGCAGGCAGGCAAUCCUGGCCAUCCUGGUCCUCCAGGGCCCCCAGGAUUACCAGACUUGCCCCUUCCAGGAACACCAGGCUGUGGUGGUACCAGUGAUGGAAAUGACAUAUCAGAAAAGGGAGGCAGCAUCAUGGAAGGGCCCCCUGGGCCACAGGGUCCACCUGGCUACCCAGGUCCUCCUGGACCUUCAGGAUACCCAGGGCAUGAGGGACCCCAAGGACCCCCUGGCCUUCCAGGGCAUGAAGGUCAGCAAGGCACGCCAGGCCUUCCUGGUGCACCAGGCCAGCCUGGUCCACCAGGAUCCACAGGAUCUCCAGGUAAUCCAGGGCCAAUGGGGGCAGAGGGAGCUCCAGGAUCGAUAGGCCCUGAAGGACAUCCAGGACUCCCAGGCCAUGUGGGGCCACCAGGACCUCCAGGUUUUUCUGGACAGGAAGGGCCUCAAGGACGAGAAGGGCCUCCAGGAAAGAAUGGGCCAAAGGGUGAGAAAGGUGAUAUUGGCUUACAGGGCCCUCCUGGCAAUCCAGGACUGAUGGGAGAAAAUGGGCCUCAUGGUCUGCCUGGCCCCAUAGGGCCCCCUGGCCCUCCUGGUGAGAAUCAGUGUAAUACUCACACAAGACUUCCUGGGCCUUCAGGUCCUAAGGGUGAAAAAGGAGAUCCUGGAGAAGUGGAUUGCUGCAACUGUCCUGGGAAAGCAAGAACUGACACUGACUCCUGGGUGCCUUCUACGUAUCAAGAGUUUGCCAAAGGAGACCUAGAGAUAUAUGGCGCAAUUGCCAACCAUGGUCCUCCAGGCCCUCCAGGAAAUCCUGGCAUGCCUGGGCCCCCAGGCCCUCCUGGACCGCCAGGUGUUCUUUACCUCAGUAGAGUAUACCCUAUCCGACCCAGGCCACACUGCAAGCAACUGAUGAGCCAGGACCCAUCUUGGGAUUCAGUGCUUCUUGGUCCUGCUUUAUGGAUGGAUGAUGAGCUACCUCUGAAGGAUGCUUCCAAUGGAAACCAGUAUGGGUUUAAGCGCUCCACAUGGAUCUUCAGGUCAAAAGAGCUGAUGAUCAAAUCUACUUCCUCCAUUCCUGAAGGUAGUUUGGUCUAUGUUAGCAAAGAAAAUGAAGCUUUCUUCCGAACCCCCAAAGGAUGGAGCAGACUUCUGCUGGAGGAUUCAGAUACUUCAUUUGUUGGAGAUGACCCUUUGGUGUCUACAGAGAGAAAUCAGGUCCAAAAGAGUGAAAAUAAAGCAACAAUUCAGAUUGUUCCAACUAGCAUCCCCCAGAGAAUUCCUUCGCUCCGCCUAGCGGCCCUCAAUGUCCCUCUCACAGGUGACAUGAAUGGGAUUGGUGGUGUUGACCUUCAGUGCUAUCGGCAGUCACAGCAGGCAAAGUUACAUGGAACUUUUCGGGCCUUCCUGUCAUCGUCCACUCAAAGCCUAGUCUCUAUCGUGAAGAGAACAGACAGGAGCCUGCCUGUUGUCAACCUUAAGGGCCAACUGUUGGCAAAGAGCUGGAAUUCCCUCUUCAUUAGUGCUGGCAGUUCUUUCAAUUCCGCAGGGUUCCCCAUCUACACAUUCAAUGGGAUUAAUGUCAUGGUGGAUCCUACAUGGACAUCUAAGGCAGUCUGGCAUGGUGUCAAGCAACGGGGAGGCCAGGCUGAAAAUCAAGACUGUCAAGACUGGCGAACAGCAUCCAGCCAGUUGAAAGGCCUUGCCUCACCUCCAAUUAGAGGCAAAUUCCUUACAGCACACACACAUAGCUGCUCAGAACCCCUGAUUGUUCUGUGUGUAGAAAACACCUUCUGAGGUGAGUGCAUCGUUGGAUCAACAAGGAACACCAAAAGGAUCCAGUUGCUGCAAAGUAUGGAUUAGGAUAAAUUUCAUAAGCCUGUGACCCUUAAGACACUGAGGUGGAAAAGGCAGAGAGACAUCUCUCCACAUCAGUUUGGGAAAAGAAGUUUGAGAGGUAACAAAGCCAUGCAUUGCCUGCACUGCAGCAACUUGUCACGUGUGGUGGCGUUUAGAAAGAGCGCCUCAUAUCAGCCAGGUACAAAAAGGUGCCGCUUGUCCUUCUGCUUCAGCAUAUUGGUAAAUCUCAUCCUGUAAGAAGACUGGUGUUCACACACAUCCACUCACACAGCCUGUUCUCUGCUUAGCAAAAAGGUGGCAGAAGGGAAGCACUGGGCACAGAAAUGCACGUGGGAUACUGUCCCCUUUUUUCUAGAGUACCUGCCCAAAUCUCACAGCGAAAAGGCAGCAUCUAGGUUGCUGGCACAUUUUCUUUGAAACCAUUGAAUUCUACAACUGUGAGGUUAACGUGUGAAACAGCAGGUGCAUACCCCUGCACUAGGAGCAUGACCGGCAUCCAAAGCAUUCUGGGUGGAUCCAGUGUCCUCUUGAAAAUAGCUGAAAACUACCUUUUUAGGCAGCUUGUUCUGUUCAUACACUGCAUUUGUAAGGCUUGAACUGCACUGUUACAUAUACUCCAUGAUUGUUUCACCCAGGGCUAUUCUUAUACUGCAGUGGGUCUACUCUGAGUAGGGCUUAGUUGACUGCAACCCAAAAAAUAAUCCAAACUAAAUCAUGCCUACGUCCCAUUGAAAUAAAUAGGAAAAGUUAGUCAUGACUAACUGAAAGUCAUAUUAAUUUCAAUGAGAACGAAAUGCAACUAAUUUAGGCUGCAAUCCUAGCCCCACUUACCUCGGAGUAAGCCCCACUGAAUUAAAUGGGACUCACUUCUGAGUAGAAAUUGUAUACACACUUAACAGAAUUAGUCCAUACUUCUGAGUAAACAUGCAUAGAAUUAAAAAAAACUUAAUCUAAUACUCAUACACUAGAGAAAUAAUAUAUAUUAAAAGUUAAUUGCCCUAAUGUAAACCAUUUAAUUUAAGCCUCAAGUUUAAACAACAUUUCAUUAAGUUAUGGCAUUCCCUCCCUACAGAGGUGGUUUUGGCACCUUCACUAUACAAUUUUCCAUGAAUGCUGAAGACACACCUAUUUACCCAUGUGUUUUUAGGACCCACCCUAUUCCUGUGAUUGUAAUUUGCUUUAACUGUUUUUAAUACUGAAUUUUAAACGGUUGUAAUUUAAUAAUUUUUAGUUAUUAACUGUCAAUUUUCUUAUAUUAAUAGUCCUUGAGAAAUAUUUUGGUUAACACACUUAUGCCAGUACGUUAUAGACUGAUUCCAGUUUACAUAAGCCUGAUCUUAAGAAUACCCUUUGUCAGCUUUCCCUAAACCUAAUAAAGUUGCUUAUUUUUAGCAUGUAAAACAUCAGUUGUGGCAGUGAUGAAAAAAUUAAUUACAGGUUCUUGCUGAUCUAUUGGGAUCAGAUAGUCCAACCAACUGAAAAAUACUCUCCAGAGUGACAAGAAGAUCACCAUAUGUUGAAAUUUGCCUAAUCACCACCAGGAUUUCUUUCCAAAAAAGCAUGUGCCAUCCAGCAGUUCCUCCACCUGUAGAAAUCACUUGUACUGGGCUCUGAACAGCACCAGCAUAAAUCUGGAAUUAUCCCAUUUCAUCUAUUUAACUCAACUGGUGAAAGAUCCAUUUAAUACUUUAAAUUAUUUAUCUCAGAUUAGUUGCAGUAGAGUUACUUAUGAAAUGGAAAUAGACUGCCUUCAAGUCGAUCCUGACUUAUGGCUACCCUAUGAAUAGGGUUUUCAUGGUAAACGGUAUUCAGAGGGGGUUUACCAUUGCCUCCCUCUGAGGCUAGUCCUCCCCAGCUGGCUAGGGUCUGCUCAGCUUGCCACAGCUGCACAAGCCAGCCCCUUCCUUGUCCGCAACUGCCAGCUGGGGGGCAACUGGGCUCCUUGGGACUAUGCAGCUUGCCCACGGCUGCACAGCUGGCAGGGCACGUAACCCCUGAGCCACUCACUGUGGGGGUGAUCUUUAGCUGGCCCUUGACACCCAGGAGACAUGAGCGGGGAUUUGAACUCACAGACUCUGGACUCCUAGCCAGCCUCUCCUCCCCACUCUGCUAUACCAGCUGUAGAGUUACUUAUAUCAUUUUGAAAAACAGAUCCUAAUUGCCAUUCUGUAAUUUCCACUCUACGAUCCUUUUACCGUCUCAUCUUCUUCAACUUCUGAAUCUCUUCUUUUACUGACUGUAAAUUUGUUUACAGUAUCUCAAAGGGGAUCAGAUUUCUGUUAACACAAUCCAUUUAUCAACUAGUGUGUUUCUUAAAGCCUGUUUGGAAUAACUGAAAUAGGGGAGUAUAAUCCCAUCCAACUUUUCACAUGUUUCUUCAUACCAUAGUAAGUUUCCAUUGUGGAGAAAGUCCUGUGUGAAAUAAAAACAUUAUUCCUUUGCCA